GGGUGAAGAUGUAACAGAAUUUCAGCCUCCUCCUGAUUAUAUACUCAUGGCUGAUUGCAUUUACUAUGAGGAGUCCUUGGAGCCCUUGCUGAAGACCCUGAGGGAGCUGACAGGCCCUGACACUUGUGUGCUGUGCUGCUACGAACAGAGGACUGUGGGGAAGAACCCUGAAAUUGAGAGGAAAUACUUUGAACUGCUGCAGAGGGACUUUGAGCUGGAGAGGAUUCCCCUGGAGAGGCACGACGAGGAGUUCCGCAGCGAGGACAUCCACAUCGUGAGCAUCCACAGGAAGCACAGGAAUUCCCCGUCGUGAGAUCUUUGAGCGCAGGAUGUGUCCCCUGGCAGAGCUGUGGAGCAGCGGGGCUGGGAUCACAGCA